AAUGCUGGAACAUGUGUAUGUGAGAUUGGGGAGUGUUGUCUGGUGCCUUCCACAGAGACAAGUCAUAUACUAAAGACACCAGGGAUAAAAUCAAUGAGAGUUAACGUCCUAGAUGAAACAUUCACCAGAAGUUUAUGGCUGAAAUGUUUCUGGAAGAGUGACAGCACAUCUAAGAGACUACCAUUGAAGAAAACUGACAGUUAGUGAAUCAAGGUGAUGGGUUGCAGUGGAGAAUCCUUGGAUGUUGUAAUUACUACCAGGGUUUGUGAUGGUCACACUGUCUGACCAGCAGGAGAUAGUUGUGGCUGCUGUGUGUAUGAAAACGUCAGGUAAUGAUACACUGUGAUGGAUGGGUUUACUACAAGUACCUACUGUUAAAUGAACAACUGACCCUUCUUGGACCAGAGUGAUAUAUCAGUGCUUAUUCUAUUGAGCUAACUGCAUGUUAGUUACCAUAUUCACAGUCUCUCGGCGCUAUAUGCUGCUGCAGUAGUGUAUGGUAUGUCACUGUGGUAUAGUUCCAUCUGCCGCAUGUUUGAUCUUUACAUGUACAUAGUACUUUGGUGUGACCAACAUUCCAGGGAGUAGGCCCCUUGAACACUAAUUGCUUGGAGCAGUGUACUUCAUGACUGAUCAGGAAGGCCUAUUGGUGAAUCUUCAGCAAUCAUCUGCUGAUAUGCUGUGUUUUGAGGGUCACUGGUGUUAGUUAAGACAUAGAACAGAUGGCAAAUUUAAGAGGCCUGUUAAGCAUGAGAACUUAAUUGUGUGGACUCUCGAGGAGGAUUGCGUACUUCACGGAUAAUGAUAACCCAGUCCAACAUCACUGAUUAACAUGGUUUUCUCAAAGAAGAAGAAAAGCAAGGAGGAAGGGAGUGCGUCUUCCUCCACCAAGGCAGCUAAUGAUGUCGAUUCUGGUGGGGCUGAUGAGCUGGAUGCGGUGCCAGAUGAUGAACCCAGAAAGAAAAUGCCAAAGAAGUUUGCCAGUGGUUCCAGCAGCCAGCGCAGCAGAGAUCUUCUGGACCCAAACAAACCUCUCCAUCUACAGAUCCGCAUCAAGGUGAUUGAGGCCCGUCAGCUACAAGGUGCCAACAUCCAGCCUGUCUCCCGUGUCACAACCUUCAACCAGACCAAACAGACACGUGUCAAGAAGUCAACCAACAGUCCUUUUUGGAAUGAGUCCUUCUUUUUCAACUUCCAUGCAUCUCCAGCAGAGUUAUUUGAUGAACUCAUAGAAUUUCAGGUAUUCAACUCCAGGAAACUACGAUCAGAUGCUCUCAUUGGAUCUUUUAAGUGCGACAUUGGACUGGUGUAUGACGCCCCACAACAUGCAUUCAUCAACAAGUGGCUGCUGCUCAGUGACCCCGAGGACUCCAUGGCAGGGGCCAAGGGCUAUCUCAAGAUGUGUGCUGUGGUGCUUGGGCCUGGGGAUGAGGCACCGAGUAUGAAAUCAACAUCAGCAGAUGAGGAUGAGGACAUUGAGAGCAACCUGUUGCGCCCAGCGGGUGUACAGCUACGCCCGGCCACCUUCUUGCUGCGUCUCUACCGUGCUGAGGACAUACCCAGAAUGGACUCGGCCUUCAUGGAGGGAGUGAAGAAAGUUUUCAACAUCGGCGAGGAACAGAAGGAGCUGGUUGACCCCUACUUCGUCUUCUCCUUUGCAGGGAAGGAGGUGAAGUCGAAGAUCAUGUACUGCUGUGAUCAUCCCGAGUGGAACCAGGAGCUCCGGCUUGGACUGCAGUUUCCAAGCAUGUGUGAGAGAAUUAAGUUCAUGAUCCGAGACUGGGAUCGACUGAAUGAAGAUGACAACGUUGGAACAUUCUGUUUACCAGUAUCAGUAAUUUCAUCACAAGGAGACACUGACAAGGAUGAGGGUUUCCUGCCCACAUUUGGACCAUGCUAUGUCAACUUUUAUGGGUCAACAAGGGAGUAUUCGGACCUGCCCGAUGAGUAUGAGGAUCUGAAUCUGGGCAAGGGUGAGGGUGUGGCAUACCGAGGAAGGGCCCUGGUGGAGCUAAUUACACAACUUGGGGAGCUGCCAGAACAGUCUAUAGCCGACAUAAACAGUGACGAUAUACUCCGAGUCCAGAAGUUCAUGCGGCGCCGGAAAUAUCGUCUGCAUGCUUCCUUCCUGAACGCCACAAUGAUCAGUGAGAUUGAUGCCCCAGUGGAGUUCGAAGUCAGCAUAGGAAAUUAUGGGAACAAACUGGAUGAGAAUGUGGCCCCCUGUGCAUCUACCACACAGCCCACCAAUGCUGUGUUUGAUGGCUGCUACUACUACUUCCUGCCGUGGGGAAACACCAAGCCAUGUGUGGUGGUCGACAGUCACUGGGAGGACAUCAGCUUCAGACUGGAGGCACUCAACUGUCUCCUCAAAAUCAUCAUGGAUCUGGAAGCCAACAUUGAAAGAGUUCGAAUAGGUAUUAAAGCAAAGUUGCCAACACCUGAAUUAGCCCAGCUCCUGAUUUCACUGCUGGACCAGCUGACCCAAGACUGUAGGAAGCCACUUCCAGAGUCAGUGCCUGGCCAGCAUAUUGCCACCGAGCUGGACAGACUGCUCAGUGCAUAUCGCCAGAACGAACUACUUCACAUCAUAGAAGUAGCCACAAAGCUCAGGGAGAAUGCAACUGAUGUGAAUGAAGCACUGUCUGAGAUAGAAGGAUAUCUGUCAUUGCUGAAGAACUUGGCUACAGAGCCCCAAAACAGCAUGCCUGAUGUGGUUAUCUGGAUGAUCAGUGGAGAGAAGAGACUGGCCUACUUCCGUAUCCCAGCCAAUGACCUGAUCUUUGCCUCAGACCCUGCGUCCAGAGGACGACACUGCGGACGUCUGCAGACCAUUCAGCUGAAGUUCCCUGGCAGCAAGGCUGAGAAGGACAAGAAGUUUGAGGUGCCAGCUAUGAUUCGUGUCAGGCUGUGGCUGGGUCUACAGAGCCAGGAGAUGGAGUGGCACAAGAUGCAGAAAGAAGGAGAGCUUGCUGUUUUUGCAGAGACGUAUCAGAAUGAAGUGAGCAUCUUGGGAACCUGGACAAACAAAGGCCCUACCAUGACCCGUCCCAAGUGGUCGGACAGCCAAGGGAAGGUGUCUCUGCCACAAGAUGGCUUUGAUCCCCCACCGGGAUGGCGAUGGGAUAGUGACUGGUAUGUCAGCCCAGAACUCAGUAUGCUGUUUGACAAAGAUGCUGGUCAUCAUCAGUUUCUGGAGGACAUUUAUGAGUGCCAAGCCCGGAAUCUGCCUGGUGGGCACUGGGGUCCAGCAUCCAGACCCUGGGCAGAUGUGGCAUACUGCAAUGAGAAAGGAGACCCAUGUCCAGCCAAGGAGGAGGUUCCUCUGCCAGGAGGGUGGAAGUGGGAUGACGAGUGGCAGGUGGACCUGAACAGAGCUGUAGAUGAGGAAGCAUGGGAGUACUGUGUGGAGGCCACGAUUGGUGGAUAUGGGCCUGUGGAGAAAACCUACCACUUGUGUCGACGUAGACGCUGGGUCAGGUCUCGUACCAUGGUCAUGGAUACAAAGAAGCAAGUUCAGAAGGAGAAGCAGAAACAAAAGGCAGCUGAAGGAUGGGAGUAUGCACCGCUCUUCAACAUGAAGUUCCACUCACAGGAGCGAACCAUGGACUUGGUCAGGAGAAGACGUCAUCAUCGCAAGAUGGUUGCAGAAGACCCAAAAGCCAGUUGUUUCUUCAGCCUAAAGCCUGUGGAAGGAGAUGACAAGUUGGAUGCGUCCCUCACUGCACCACGGAUGUUUCUCACCUUUGACAAGUCCUACAAGUACCAGCUGAGAGCCUACAUCUACCAAGCCCGGGACCUCCUGGCAGCUGACGACUCCGGACUCUCAGAUCCGUUUACCCGAGUGUCCUUCCUGACACAGAGCAUGGUGACUGAACGUCUACACAAAACCCUCUGCCCCACCUGGGAUCAGACACUCAUCUUCGGGGAAAUCGAAGUGUAUGGAAACCCCAAGGGGAUUGAAUCUCAGCCUCCAGAUAUAAUUCUGGAACUAUUUGAUCAUGACACAUUUGGUAAGCCUGAGUUCCUGGGGCGGUCCAAGGCACAGCCAAUGGUGAAGCUAGACCCAGGAGAUGCCCGCACACCAGUUCUGCAGUGGUAUGAAAUAAACCGUAUGGGGCAGAAGGGAGGCGAGCUACUCGCAGCAUUUGAGCUAUUUCUGAUGACAGGGAAAGAUUUGCCAUUCCUUCCACCUAAAAAGGGCAGCUUGUACCUGGUACCAAAUGGAAUCCGUCCCGUCAUGCAACGCACAGGCAUUGAGGCCUUGUGCUGGGGAGUACGCAACAUGAAGAAGUUCCAGAUGUCCAGUGUGUCGUCUCCAAGCAUAGAGUUUGAGUGUGGUGGUCAUGUUCUUAGCUCUGUCACCAUCAAGGAUACCAAGAAGAACCCAAACUUCUCUGAGCCGCUUUUAUUCUUUGAUGUGAUGCUGCCGAAGGAGGAACUGUACAUGCCACCUAUGAACAUCCGUGUACGCGACCAUCGACAGUUUGGUCGGAAGCCAAAUGUUGGUGUGUAUGUGUUGAGGACCAUGGAGGACUUCCGCUGUGAGCCCUUGUUGCCAGCUGCAGAUGAGGAGGAAGAAGGUAGCAUUGUGGGGAAUGGUCCAGCUGGAGAGCAUGUGGUUGACAUGCCCCAAGAAGAAAAGCUGCCCAAGAAACCUUGGUUUAAUAAACUGAAAAAGAAAGAGAAAGAAGAAGAGCCUGAAACACCGAGUUCAGGAUCCAUGUUUGGAAAGAGGCUAUCGUUUCCGCAACUGGAGUUGCCUGAUUUUAAGAAAAGUAGACGGGAUGUGGAGGAUCCUAACCUGCUGGAUGAGGAGAUUGACUGGUGGUCCAAAUACUAUGCCUCCACCGGAGAGACUACCAAAUGCCGGAAGUACGUGGAGCUGGGAUACGACAAUCUACUGAUCUUGAAAUCUGAACUGGAGAAGACAGAGGAUUUCAAUGGCUUUGUUGACUUCUGCCACAGUUUUGAUUUGUGUCGGGGGAAAAAUGAGGAGGAGGAGGAGUCGAAUGUGGUUGGGGAGUUCAAGGGUUCAUUCCGAGUUUACCCUCUGCCUCAAGAUCCAAGUGAACCCCUCCCAGUGAAGAUUCUGAGCAAUCUGCCCAGCAGUGAUCCUGAUGAAUGUGUCAUUCGGGUGUAUGUCAUCAAAGCCAUCGAGCUGCAGCCCAAUGACCCUAGUGGUUUGGCUGACCCCUACCUGGAGGUGUUGCUUGGCAACAAGAAGCUCAACACAAGGGAUGACUACAUUCCCAACACGACAAAUCCAGUGUUUGGCAAAAUGUUUGAAAUAGUGGCCUCCAUUCCUUUGGAGAAGGAUCUCCUCCUGCGUGUGAAAGACUACGAUCUGAUCUCAUCGGAUGAUGUCAUUGGAGAAACAUUGAUUGACUUGGAGAACCGUUUUCUCACAAAGCAUAGAGGAACAUGUGGCUUGGCCAAGUCAUACUGCACGUCGGGCAUCAAUGAAUGGCGUGACUGCAUGAAGCCCAAGGAAUUGCUGGAGGAAUACUGUCGAAAGCGUAACCUCACAGGGCCUAUGUUCUAUGGCAACAACAGUGUCAAAGUGGGCAAGCGAGUGUAUAACCUGGCUGAAUUUGAACAAAACAAGAAAGCCAACUCCCACUGGGGUCCUCCUGAGGAGCGCCUUGCCCUGGCCGUGCUCAACACCAUGCCGCUUGUGAAGGAACAUGUUGAAACACGCCCAUUGUUCAACCCUCUACAGCCAGGGAUAGAGCAGGGCAAGCUGCAGAUGUUUGUGGAUAUAUUCCCCAAGUCACUGGGGGAACCAGGGCCACCCUUUGAUGUGACUCCCAGAAAACCAAAAGGGUAUGUCCUGAAGAUCAUCGUCUGGAACACAGUGGAUGUUGUGCUGGAGGAGGAGUCCAUUACUGGGGAGAAGAUGAGUGAUAUCUAUGUGGUGGGCUGGCUGCAGGGGAUAGAUGAAAAGCAGGAGACAGAUGUCCAUUACAGGUCUUUGGAUGGAACAGGCAACUUCAACUGGAGAUUUGUCUUCCCAUUUGAGUACCUGCCCGCAGAGCAGACGAUGGUGGUGCGUAGGAAGGAACACUUCUGGAGUCUGGAUGAAACUGAACUUCAUCUGUCCCCAAUGCUCUCGUGUCAGAUAUGGGAUAACGACAAGUUCUCCGCUGAUGACUUCCUUGGAACUUUGGAUGUCAAUCUGAACUCAAUCCCAAGGCCAGCAAAGAAGGCUUCCUCUUGUUCCCUGAAAACCAUCCCUGAUAUGAACAACACUAACGCAGUGAAGUCUGUGUCGCUGUUUGAGUGUCGGAGACUCCGGGGCUUUUGGCCAUGUUAUAGUGACGAGAGUGGAGAGCGAGUGCUUACGGGAAAAGUUGAAAUGGAGCUGGAGUUACUGACAGCUGAGGAGGCGGCAGAGAAAGAAUCCGGUCUCGGACAGGAGGAGCCCAACAUGCACCCACAUCUGGACCCUCCAAAGCGACCAGAAACUUCAUUCAUGUGGUUUACAAGUCCAUUCAAGACCCUGAAGUACAUCAUCUGGCGCAACUACAAGUGGUACAUCAUCAGCUCCCUGGUCAUCCUCAUCCUCAUCCUCCUUGUCGUGCUCUUCGUCUACUCCUUCCCAGGGGAGAUUUCAAGGAAGAUUGUUGGCAACUAAACAGAUGAUUGCUGCUGCGCCACCAAACCUGCCACCGAUGUGUGUGUAUAUUGUUUGAUGCUGGCUCUGAGGCUGUAUAGUCUGUAAGUCACUGGAGUGUAAGUACAGUGGCAGGACAUAACUACUCUUGCAUGUACAGUGUAGAGAUUCCUUUCAUCAAACUGUGUGGUUACAGGGGUCCUUUCAACAAAAUAUUUUUGCAUACAUAUAGAUAGGUAAAGCCAUUACCAAUGAACUCUUGUUUCUUUAUAACUAAAUGUUGUAUGAUAAGGAUAUUGGCUGUGAGACAUUUUUGACCAGUGUUAGUUCUAGUCUUGUUGACAACUUGUUGAAAAUGAUUUGUGUCUCAGGGUACUGUGAUGUGUGAAGCAACACUUGCAUCUGUAGGAUGGGUGUAACAUGGGUACUGAUGAAGCAACACUUGCAGCUGUAGGAUGGGUGUAACUUGGGUACUAAUGUA